AUGAGUGCCAAGAAGCAGGGAGAACCCCCUUCUCUGGCCUCAGAAUCCUGCACCCUGUCAAAAUUAUGGGCCAAGAAAGGGUGGUGCAAGGCUAAAUUUCCUCGUUAUUAUUAUGAUGCCCGCAACAAGAGGUGCAGAUUGUUCACUUAUGGUGGUUGUGGAGGGAAUGCAAACAAUUUUCUGACCUUAUACGACUGCUACAAGGAGUGUGACAUAUUUGGAGACUCUCAGAAACCUUUGAAUCCAGAAUUAAUGUAUGAGACAUGUGACCAACCAUUAGAUGUGGGACCAUGCAGCGAAUCCUUUCCUCGCUUUUACUAUGAUCGAACUACCAAGAUUUGUAAAUCAUUCAAUUUUGGUGGCUGCAAUGGCAACAGAAAUAACUUUUUCACUCAUGAGGAUUGUGUUCGGGAGUGUAUACAGGUAUAG